AUGUCUGCGCUCUACAGGCUUGGUCAAGUUUUAAAGGGCAGUCUUGGAGAGUAUGUGAUCUCCAAACAAGUCCAUGAUACGGUUUGGUUUGCACUCCAAGAGCAGGUUGUGAUCAAAGCAGUCCCAAACCAUUACAGGGUUCAACAUGAACGCGACCUUUUAAGACAAUUUAAAGGGAAAGUUCAACACCUCAGGCCAAUAAUCGACGAGAUUCGUGAUCCCGCCGAACCAUUAGCCAUCGCGUUAAGGCAUCUCGAUGACGAUCUCUAUACAGCGUCAAAACAAAAGAUGCUUAAUCGGAAAGAGCUCAAAUACGUCUCUAAACGAAUACUAGAGUCACUGAAAGCGCUACAUCAAGAGGGUUUUGUGCAUACUGAUGUCAAGUUGGACAACAUUCUUGUCAACUACGGAACGGAUGAUGCAGAUAACCGCUUUUCAGCUGUGGAACUCAGUGAUUUAGGCUCUUGCUCUCAGGUAGACUCCAAGUUUGCCAAAGAAUGCUAUAGCAUAGGCGCUCCGCUUUGGAGAAGCCCUGAGGUUCUGGUCGGCUUGCCAUGGAAUACUGCGACUGACAUCUGGUCCUUUGGACUCUGCCUGAUCUCGCUGAUAUAUGGAGGCGAAUGGCAUAUCCUACGGCCCAAGGUGUCGUACGACCAUGAAGACUUUGACUGGCUCAUUCUAGUCAACAUGUUCAAAUGGUUCGGACCUAUCCCAGCCAAGUAUCAAGACCUUAUCGGCAACAAUGAAGAUUCAGAUUCGGAUAAAAUAAUUCAGGCUCUUUUCAAUACGGUCCCAAAGGACGACCGAGGUUCGUUCAAUAGAGCCUCUCUAAACGAGAUCCGUAUCCAAGACCGAGACCUCAUUCUCAAGAUCAUGAAGAUGGAUCCUCGAGACAGACCAACUGCGGAAGAGUUGUUACAAGACCCUUGGUUCGAGCUGAUUGAGGAGGCUGGCGUUUGGGAUACGUUCAACAAGGAUGUAUGA